UCUAGGGUGCGUGGCGGCGAUGGGCGAGACGACGCAUCCUCCCACAAUGGUACUCGUGGAGCAUCACGCCGGGCACCACCAUCUCCACGAAGCCGCGAGGGCGAGCAGUAGAUUCCUUGUGUCGGCAUCGACGUGCGUGAAGAUCGCGGUGGUCAGCUUCGGGAUUGGCGUGAUCGUGGGCUUCAAUCUAAACAAGCGCGUCCGUAAAUUCGCGUCGCGGAUGCUCAAGCGCCUCAAGGAGCCCUAAAAAAAUGUCCAUGUGUUAAAGGAGUUCGAAUCUUUAGAGAAUAUGCGGUAUUUUUGUCCCA